UUUGUUCUCGUAUUCCUAUCUAUCACGCCUUUUCAACAUUAGCCAGACAGAUAUGGCGGUUCUCAAUACCCCUAUUCGCAUUAUCAUCGCCGGCGGAAAUUAUGGCGGACUCGGUGCCGCCAAAGCGAUAUACACGCAUCUGUUGGCUACCAACAGCGACUACGAUGGUACCAAACAGGCACCGCCCAACCCAAACAUCCAGAUCACGCUAGUUGACAGGCGCGACGGAUUCGUGCAUUACCUAGGUAUGACGCGUGGACUGAGUCAGCUGGACUAUGGGCGCAAGCUGUGGGCACCGUACUCUUCGAUGCCAUGGCUGCAGCACCCAUCGUUUAUCAUCCGCAAAGAAAUUAUCUCUCAAGUCACUCCGCACUUUGUUGAGCUGGCUGGAUCUCAGGAACGGCUCGAAUUCGACUAUUUGGUCUUGGCCAUGGGGGUCAGUCGUCAAGCGCCUAUCGGUGUUAGCGCAUCCACCAAGGACGAAUUCAUUAGGGACCUUGAGUACGACCAUGCUUUAAUCAAAAGCGCCGAAUCAAUCGUAGUUGUCGGUGGAGGAGCAGUCGGUACAGAGCUGGCAGCGGAUCUAAAGACGGAUUUCCCUGAGAAGACCAUUACGCUAGUACAUUCACGCGACCUACCUGUGCCUGGGCCAUUCCUAUAUGAGUUCCGGCAGGGAGCAGCUGAUAUUCUGUGCAAGCUGGGUGUCAAUACUCUGUUCAGUCAGCGGGUAGUCAAUGAGACCCCUGUUGAUGAUCUGGGAUCGAGUGAGGCACUUGAGUUUUCAGAUAUCCUCCCUGAGCUAGUAAACUCAGUCAAGCGCAAUGUAGUCAUUGAGACUAGCAGCGGUGAGAAUGUCAAGGCAGAUCUGGUGUUCAACUGCCUGGGUGCCAAGACCAAGGAGACUCUUAUCAAACUGCCAUCGUCGACAGCUGAACCGAUGUUCACGCCUAAUGGUAUCCGUGUCAAGAGUUCGCUGCAGCUCGACGACCCCAAUUACCCCCACAUUUUCGCUGUGGGUGACAUUUGCAACCGGGCACAGAUCAAGUUUGCUGGAGCUGCGGCAUCUGGCGGUAGACUAGCGGGCAAAAACAUUGCUAGACUCGUUGCUGCAGUCUCCACCGAAAAUAUAGCCGCAGAGUUGGAGGAGUCUCGACCACCCAAAUUGUCGAUGAAGCUAAUUCUAGGCGAAAAGCACGCGCUCAUCCAGGGAAAAGGCCAUGUGGUUCCCAGUGAUGAAGCAAUCCACAAAUGCGCACCAGACAUCAAGCUUGGGAAGGCUAUUCGCAGCACCUUCGUUGGCACAUAUCCUGUCAAUAAGUAA